CAAACGCGCUGAGCUCUUAUAUUUGUCGAGAGACGAAUACGCAUUGCUCACAAAACCAUGUCCGUCGACGAGUUGGACGGCUCCGAAUUGGGAACCAUUGAGUACUGGGAGUCCAGCUAUAGACGUGAGGUGGAAAAUUACAAAAAUCAUGGGGAUGUUGGAGAAAUUUGGUUCGACGAGGACUCACAACUGCGUAUCAUUGGAUGGAUCAUGAAGCAAGUCGGCAUUGCAGAAUGUGCUCCACGCGUGCUGGAUGUGGGUUGCGGAAACGGCAUGUUUCUGAUUGAACUGGCGCGUGAGGGCUUUUCCUAUUCUCAGUUAGUGGGUGUGGAUUACUCCCCUAAGGCCAUUGAAUUGGCUAGCAACAUUGCUAAGGACCAAUCCCUGGAUAUUACUUAUAGCGUGGUGGAUUUGAUGGAUGCAGAAAAAUGCAAGUUCUUAGGCAGUUUUCACAUUGUGCACGACAAGGGCACUUAUGAUGCCAUCUCCCUUUGUCCCAAUGAUCCCAAAGAGAAGCGCGCACAGUAUCUGUCCACCGUGGAACAGUUAUUAUGCGACAAGGACAGCCUGUUUAUAAUUACAUCAUGCAACUGGACAGAGGACGAGCUUCUGCUUAGCUUUGCCGACAAAUUUGUGAAGUUCUGUACUAUACCAACGCCCACAUUCAAAUUCGGUGGCAAAGUGGGAAGCGUUGUAACCUCGAUAGUAUUUAAAAAGCGAUUAAGAUUUGAAGAGAUCAACACUUGCUGAAUUCAAUAGAUACAACAAAUGUAAAAUAAUGUACACUCCUACUUACAUACAUAUAUGCUUCACAUGCUAUAUCAUUUUUUAAUUGCUGCUAUAUAAAAUAAGUUUCCUAUCAUUUGAGACCUUGAUAAUGUUCAAUAACAAGUUUAAACACCAACAAUUGU